CUAGGAUGAGAUACAGAUAUAAGAAAAGAACAAAGAGCACAGUUUGACAAACAGCGAUAGAUAAUUUAUAUUACUCUUGGAGAAACCAAUAAUUUAUUAUGUUGUGUGACAAGAAAUUUCCCAGCAAGCCAUGCGUUGACGCACUAGGAACAGAAGUCUUUCCUGCUCAUUGCCUCUCCUGAUCCCCUCCUCUCUUUCCUACUGUCAAAGACUCAAGACCACCACUGCUGGGAGGCUACUCGGGAACGGACGCCCCUCCAUGGCAGCAAACUCCUAUCCUUCACAGGUGCACAGGUAAAGUGCACAAUGGAUGACCCAGAGUUGAAUGCUCCUCCCAAGAAUGAUCCAGAGGAGGAGCCAAAGCAGGCAACAAAUAGGAUUCUGAAGCGUACCUCAUCAUUCGCUCAAGGCACUAUUGCCACUGCGACCGGCUUCCUCACCGCAGCUUUCUCGGUGCGCAAAGAUGCUCUGUUGCACCGGCACAUCCUGGUGGCCGGCGGUUGCUUCCUGGUGAUUGCAUACCUAUCUGCGCUCCUGCUGGUCUACCUGAAAUUGUUCUUGUCAGGACACAGGCAGCUGCAUAAGGGGCACAUCCGUUUCAUCCAGUUCCUCUGCAUCAUCAGCGGCGCGGCGCUGGUGGCCACGAACUCCCUGCUCCUCCUCCUCAUAAGUGAAGACAGCAUCUUGUUGUCUCUCAAUCUGCUGCCCAUACAGGGCCUCAUCGGCAUUCUCGCGUACCACGCGACGCCGACGGAGGACAGCAUGCGCGACGAGGCGUUCGAGGCGGGGAUCAAGAGCGGCCGCAAGGUCGCCCUGUUCGCCACAGCGACGGCCUUCGCCGUGCAGACCACGCUCCUGUUCGGCUACCUCAACAACUCCAGCUUCCGGGCGCUGGGCCACCGGUUCGACCUCUCCGUGUCCUUCCUGGCGUCGGCCCUCAGCGUGUUCCUGGUCGUGGCCACCUGCAUGCCGCUUGGGUACAGGACUAGUGCCGCGAGGGACAAGGUGCUGUCCCUCGUCAAGUACCUGAAGGACGCCGUCAUCGCCUUGCUCGCGGUCACCGCGGUGACUAUCGCCAAGGAAUUUCUCGGCGGCGACACCGUGCUCGCGCUCUUCCCGGAGAUCACCGUGGCUGCCAUGUAUUAUGGCGUGAACCUGCUCACUGAGGAGACUGUAGAGCAGGGCCGGCGUGAGGUCGCUGAGCACAAGAUGGAGAUGUUGCCGACUGCCGUCGUGGCCACGUUCGGCUUCGGCAUGCUGGGUGCGGCCUACGCCGCGCUGCUUGGAACGCCGGAGUACGACAUGUACACGAAGGCGCUGGUGUUCACCUUGCUCGCCGCCGUCGUGUCCAGCCUGGGACGGGUGGCGGGGCCGCUCUGCAGCCCCCGGCGCGACAAGAACGCGGCGGCUUGCGUGGUGUUCCUGGGCAACAUCCUGCCCAUCGUGGAGAUGCUGGUGGCCGUCCCGCUUGCCGCAAAGGUUGCCAGUAAUGCCCUCCCCGCGUCUUAGGAACAAUUAUCUGUGUAUUCUGUUUAACCUACCAGGUACCGUUGAUUUACCGUACAGUAAAUGUUUGGAUGGCAGUCAUAUUUUUGUAUAUGUCAGUUGAACAAUGUUGUUACUACA